AUGUCGUGGAAACUCACCAAAAAGUUGAAGGAAACCCACCUUGCUCCUUUGACCAACACCUUUACCCGGUCUUCGUCCACAUCUACCAUCAAGGGCAAUGAACCAAAUGAAGACACUGCGCAGACUCCGACCGUCACGUCUCCUAAUCCCGACGGAAUUAGCGCCUCCGAGUCGCUCGUCUCCCCGCCGGUGGCCCCCGUGAAGCCGGGUAUUCUCAUCGUUACCCUCCACGAAGGACAGGGUUUCUCUCUAUCACCCCAUUACCAACAGAUUUUCAAUCAACAUUUCCAAAAUAGCAAUGGCUACGGCCGACCCAAUUCCUCGUCAUCUCAUUCCGCGCAGGGACAGGCGGGUUCGUUUAUCCGCCACUCUCGUCCGCAGUCGACCAGCGCAGGGAUAAACGCCGCUCCAAGCAUUCACGGUCGCUAUUCCACCAAAUACCUUCCUUACGCUCUUCUUGAUUUCGAAAAGAACCAAGUUUUUGUCGACGCUGUUUCGGGAUCGCCUGAAAACCCCCUCUGGGCCGGUGACAAUACUGCUUUUAAAUUUGAUGUCUCCCGUAAAACCGAAUUGACCGUUCAGUUUUAUCUGCGGAACCCUGCGGCUCGCCAGGGUGCCGGUCGAAGCGAAGACAUCUUCCUUGGUGCCGUCAAGGUGCAUCCUCGUUUCGAGGAGGCCCAGCCCUACGUAGAGGACCCCAAACUGAGCAAAAAGGACAAUCAGAAGGCGGCGGCCAACCAUGCCAGUCAGGAGCGUGGUAGGGGUCAGCUUGGUGCUGAAUGGCUGGAUCUCCAGUUCGGUACAGGCUCGAUCAAGGUUGGUGUCUCGUUUGUUGAGAACAAACAGCAGAGUUUGAAACUGGAGGAUUUCGAUUUGAUGAAGGUCGUGGGUAAGGGCAGUUUUGGCAAGGUCAUGCAGGUCAUGAAGAAGGACACUGGUCGAAUCUACGCCCUCAAGACCAUUCGCAAAGCCCAUAUCAUCUCCCGAUCGGAAGUCACCCACACUCUUGCUGAAAGGUCUGUGCUUGCGCAGAUAAACAACCCAUUCAUUGUGCCCUUGAAAUUCUCCUUCCAAUCACCGGAGAAGUUGUACUUUGUUCUGGCGUUCGUCAACGGUGGUGAGCUGUUCCAUCAUCUUCAACGAGAACAGCGUUUCGAUAUCAACCGCGCACGUUUCUACACCGCAGAGCUGCUCUGUGCUCUAGAAUGUUUGCACGGAUUCAAGGUUAUUUAUCGUGAUCUCAAGCCCGAGAAUAUCCUUCUCGAUUACAGCGGACACAUUGCUCUUUGCGAUUUUGGUCUUUGCAAGUUGGACAUGAAGGAUGAGGAUAGAACGAACACCUUCUGUGGAACCCCCGAGUAUCUUGCUCCGGAACUCCUCGUUGGUAACGGCUACACCAAGACUGUCGACUGGUGGACGCUGGGUGUCCUCCUCUAUGAAAUGUUGACUGGUCUGCCGCCCUUUUACGACGAAAACACAAAUACGAUGUACAGAAAGAUCCUACAGGAGCCUCUCUCAUUCCCUGGUCCUGAAGUGGUUCCUCCUGCUGCUCGGGAUCUGCUCACUCGGCUUCUCGACCGCAAUCCCCAGAACCGUCUAGGUGCAAAUGGUGCUGCGGAAAUCAAGUCUCACCACUUUUUCGCCAACAUCGACUGGCGCAAGCUGCUGCAGAGGAAGUACGAGCCAAGCUUCCGCCCCAAUGUGGUUGAUGCCCGUGAUACCGCCAACUUUGACCGCGAGUUCACCCAAGAAGCCCCGCAAGACUCCUAUGUCGAUGGCCCCGUUCUUUCUCAGACUAUGCAGCAACAAUUCGAAGGCUGGUCUUACAACCGCCCGGUUGCCGGUCUCGGUGACGCCGGUGGCAGCGUCAAGGACCCGUCAUUCGGAAGCAUCCCAGAGUGA